UGUUUUUGUUUUGACCACGUUUCUGUUGUUUGCUUCCAGAAGAUUUCUUUUUGUCGCUUUAGCUUUACAUAUCUCUCUUCUUUGUUGUUUCUUCGUAUCCCCAUCAAUCUCCAACUUCCUCCUCUUUCACGGUUUUUUAGCAAUUGUAGAUAAGAAACAGUAUCUCGUCAUCUCCAAUAAAAAAAUCUUGAUUGAUUUUUUCGAAGAUGGCGUGUGAUCAAACGACAGAUGAUGAUAAAGAUUCAGAACCGUUCGUUGAAUUAGAUCCAACUGGUAGAUAUGGAAGAUACUGUGAUCUAUUAGGUUCUGGUGCAGUAAAGAAGGUGUACAGAGCUUUUGAUCAAGAAGAAGGGAUAGAAGUUGCUUGGAAUCAAGUUUUCUUGAAUAGUUUCAGUGGUGAUGAGAUGAUGAUCGAUCGGCUUUUUGCUGAAGUUCGAUUACUUCGGUCUUUGAGAGAUGAUAAUAUAAUUGCUUUUUACAAUUAUUGGACUCAUGAUAAACAGAAUACGUUGAAUUUCAUCACAGAAAUUUGUACUUCUGGUAAUCUGAGAGAAUAUCGUAAGAAACAUCGCCAUAUUUCCCUCAAAGCUUUGAAGAAAUGGUCUAGACAGAUUCUUAGAGGUUUAGAAUAUCUCCAUACCCAUGAACCCUGUAUCAUUCACAGAGAUCUCAAUUGCAGUAAUAUCUUCAUUAAUGGAAAUGUCGGCCAGGUGAAGAUAGGGGAUUUGGGUUUAGCGGCAAUGGUAGGAAAAAAUCAUUCAGCACAUUCAGUACUUGGAACACCAGAAUUUAUGGCACCGGAAUUAUACGAUGAGAAUUACACAGAGAUGGUUGAUAUUUACUCAUAUGGAUUAUGCGUGUUAGAAUUGGUGACGAUGGAAUUACCUUACCUCGAAUGUGGUAGCAUCCCCAAGAUUUAUAAGAAGGUUACUGCAGGAAUAAGGCCUCAAGCUAUGAACAAAGUGAAACACCCAGAGGUAAAAGAAUUCAUUGAAAGAUGUCUCGCUAAACCUAGAGCCAGACCUUCUGCUUCAGAAUUACUGCGUGACCCUUUCUUUGAUGGACUUGAUGAUGACGAAGAAGUAGAUGUUAGUUUUUAGUUAGUUUAUUGAUUUAGAGCAAGGAAAGAAGGUUAGAUAGCCUGUGUUUUUUCUUCUUUUUCUGUGGUGGUGGUGGUGCAGCCUGCAGCCUGAUGCAAGAGCUGAUAGGAAUUAGAAAAUUCAGUUUGUACAUAACAGUAGGUUGAUUUUUCCAGUUUAUAUAAAUGGGUACAGGUUUACCUUGAACUUCGAUAGAAAGUGAUGCAGAUAAGUUUUUACUUUAUCAA